AUGGAGGAGAAUACCGACCUCGCAAGAGGAAUAUGUCAUAAAGCUGUCGCGAAACCACGUUGGGAAAGAAUUACUCAGGAGCUGAACUCAUUAGGACCACCAACACGAUCAUCAGAUGCAUGGCAACGAGUUUGGAACGAUUUAAAAUAUAAAACAAAGAAAAAGAGCGCUCACAACCACGCAGAGAAUUUAGCAACUGGAGGUGGGCCAAAUAACACAGUUCCACUCUCAAAUCUGGAAGAGACGGUGAACAGGCUAAUGAGCUACACCACUUACAACAAUCCGCCAGGCGAAGAAUUUGGAAUAGAAAAUAAUGACGAUAAUGAGUCCGUUACGGAAGUGGAAAUAUAUUCAGACCACGAUAUCCCAGGGCCUUCGCGAAAUGUGAUACCUUCGCGAGAGCAUGGCCGAAAUAGCAGCUCUAACCCUAAAAGGAGAGAAGAAAAACAAAUUGCACUCCUUGAGCGGCAGACGGAUCAGCAGGCUGAAUUUCAAAAGGAAACUUUGGCCACACUAAAAGAGAUGAAACAAAGCCUUUCAAAUAUUGAAGUAUACACAAAAAAAACUUACUAUAUAAAAAAAGAUAAAUUCGCUAUUUAUAAGCAGGAAAUGGAAAGUAAGAGAAGAGAUAGGAAAGCGAAGUUAGAACUCAAGAAAAAACUUCUUGAGAUCAAGCAGAAUAUGUACAAAAAUUGUUAGUUUUAAGUAUGUAAAUAUGUAAAUUUAUAAAGUGUAGUGUAGUGGACUGAAUUUUUUAAUUUUAUACAUUUACUAUUAACUACAAAUGUGAUUUUAUGAAAAAAAGUGAAUUUUAGUUUGUUUAAGUAAGUUUAGAAAAUAUAGUGGACUGAAUUCUUUAAGUUGAUACAUUUACUAUUAACUACGAAUGUGAUUUUAUGGAAAAAAAGUGAAUUUUAGUUUGUUUAAGUAAGUUUAGAAAAUAUAGUGGACUGAAUUCUUUAAGUAGAUACAUUUACUAUUAACUACGAAUGUGAUUUUAUGAAAAAAAAGUGAAUUUUAGUUUGUUUAAGUAAGUUUAGAAAAUAUAGUGGACUGAAUUCUUUAAGUAGAUACAUUUACUAUUAACUACGAAUGUGAUUUUAUGAAAAAAAAGUGAAUUUUAGUUUGUUUAAGUAAGUUUAGAAAAUAUAGUGGACUGAAUUCUUUAAGUAGAUACAUUUACUAUUAACUACGAAUGUGAUUUUAUGAAAAAAAAGUGAAUUUUAGUUUGUUUAAGUAAGUUUAGAAAAUAUAGUGGACUGAAUUCUUUAAGUAGAUACAUUUACUAUUAACUACGAAUGUGAUUUUAUGAAAAAAAAGUGAAUUUUAGUUUGUUUAAGUAAGUUUAGAAAAUAUAGUGGACUGAAUUCUUUAAGUAGAUACAUUUACUUUUAAGCUACGAAUGUGAUCUUAUUUUAUUAUAAAAAAACAAUGGAUUUGAGUUUGUACCUGAAGCAAGAAGCUUUAUUAUUUUUUGAUAAAAACCUAAAGAAAUAUAGUAAAAAUCAAUGCAAACAAGACAGUACAUUUCUUCUGAUUUCUUCUGCAGCUUGUCGCAUAGGAGUAGAGUCAUUUUCAGAAGUUUCUAUUGCAAUUUCCGAAUUCUCAUUUUGCACAUCUGCAAUAUCCUCUUCGUCGUAUGGUACAUAGUAAUGAUUGCAAAUAUUAUGUAAAGCUGCACAAACAUUUAUGAUCAAAGUGGCUUUUGCAGGAGUGUAGUGAAGUGCGCGAGCACUUAGCAAACAGCGAAACCGACUCUUUAAAACCCCAAUCGUCCUUUCAAUAAUAUUCCUUGCUUUAGAGUGCCGCGAGUUAUAUAAACUUUCUACUGAACCUUCUUCAGGAUUCCUGUAAGGUGUUAGCAAAUAAGGCGCUAAGGCAUAUCCAGCGUCAC